UGAUAACUACGCUCGAUCUUUGAUUGUGGUCUCCUCUGAAUUGCAACACUGAAAAGAAUGGCAACAGAAUGCAUAAAAAACUGCUGUAAAUUGUGUUUCUGCAUGGAAAAAGAAAAAAAUGAUCCGGUUUCCAUGGUGCAGGAAUCUGAAGCAGCAGCCACAAGCAAGCCAACUAUUGUAGAGAAGCCUCCAUUGUCUUCUGUGUCAGUGAAGCGCCAGGUUGGGUGUUCAGAGGAUUAUCUGCUUUCUAAACUGCCCCUGGAUGGUCAAGAGGUACCAUUUGUGGUCCCUCCAUUCAAACUGGCUUACGUACAGCCGAAGAACCUUCCUAGUAUCUCACAUGCUGGAGGGAUUCAAGAAUCUGCCAGAGCCUCAUUUGGUGACCGGAAAGCAGAACUGCACAGCGUGUACCAGUGGCCCUACUAUGACGUGUACAACCCAUUCUAUUUGGAGCAUCGGGUUUCGCCAGAUCUGAUGAGGCGCUUCCAAGCAAAAUCAGAUAACAGGAAAUUAUAUGGAUCAGUUAGUGAUUUAAGACCUAGUACUUUGCCUGGAUCAUUUGAUGUCAGUCGUUCGAUGUUUGAUCUCAGAAGCCCACCUCAUCGAUUCAUGAAGAGAUAUGAUUCAUUCUCCAGUGUACCUAGCAGUACCUCUUCCAGGAAGGAUUCGCAAGGCAGUAACAGGAGUCUGGAUACUAUUACAUUAUCAGGUGAUGAACGAGACUUCGGAAGACUGAAUGUAAAGUUAUGUUAUGUUUCAUCGGUAGAACAGAUUUGGAUCACAGUUUUACAUUGCAAAGACCUGAGCUGGCCUUCUAGCUGUGGGGAAAAUCCUCGUAUCUAUGUCAAGGGAAUUCUCACACUGCCCAAACCAGUGCAUUUCAAAUCUUCUGCCAAGGAAGGGUGCAAUGACAUCGAAUUUAUGGAAACUUUUGUAUUUGCUAUUAAACUGCAAAGCCUGCAGGCUGUCAGAUUGGUAUUUAAAAUCCAGACACAAACUCCCAGGAAAAAAACAAUUGGAGAGUGCUCCUUGGCACUGCGGGAGCUCAGCUCAGAGGAGUCAAGUCAUUGGCUGGAUAUAUCACCUCCUUCCAAAGCACCUGUGUGCCGUGCAGAACUUCAAGUAGGAACUUGUUUUCAAGCAAUAAACAGGAGGCUUCAGUUACAGAUUCUUGAAGCACAAAACCUUCCUGUUUCAUCUACACCGCUGUCUUCAAAUUUCUUUGUGAAAGUUGGAAUGUUUAGUACAGAAGGGCUGAUCUACAAGAAGAAGACUCGUCUUCUUAAGUCCACUAAUGGCCGAGUGAAGUGGGGAGAAACGAUGAUUUUUCCAGUCAGCCAAGCUGAACAAGGAAUUAGCUUUCUCAUCAAGCUCUACAGCAGAAGCUCAGUGAGAAGAAAACAUUUCCUAGGACAGGUCUGGAUAAGUUCUGAUAGCAGUAACAGUGAAGCAGUAGAGCAGUGGAAAGAUACUAUUGCCAACCCUGAAAAAGUUGUUGUUAAAUGGUACAGCAUUGGUCCAUCUUGAAAACUGGAGGUGAAACUCAGGACUGAUUUUUCUACAAAGAUAGUCUACACUGUUUAAAAUAGUGUAAAUAAAAAGAAAAAUAUUGCCUACACAAGUUCUUCAGAAGAUCUCCACUGCAUCACACCUCCAUGGUAACUGGGAAAAUUCAAAGUUUCACAAAGAGAAAUACUGGCUAAAUACUAUUAAGAGGAAGACUUAGGAACUGGGAAAAGUGCUCAUUUUAUUUUAAAAAAUCCACCUUGAAAAAUAUAUUUUUCCCCCUUUUGGGCCUCCAAAAAAGCAGAGAAACCCCAUUUGGAGAGAAGCAGUUCCAAUCAGCAUCAUCUUCACUAGUCGCUGACACCAUCCGUAUCUGCAGUCUUGUCUUUGGCAGACUCCAAAGUCCAUGGGGAUCAGUCCCGUCAGCAGCUUGAGCCUAGGUACCUCUGAGCCUCUGGGGUUGCGCCUGUGUUGACAGCGUUUGAUCAGAGUAACCUGUGCCUCAGCAAGCGGGAAAGCCGUGGCUGUAGGAGGAGGCAUAAAGGGAACUAUGCAGUAAGGCAGCACCCAAAGGCUUUUCUAAUCUCCGUCUUUGCUGAAGGGUUCUUCAGUAACCUGACAUGCCUGUAGCUUGGGGCUUCCCCCAUCCUUCUCUCUAAACAGAGAGAUUGAAAGAGAGGAGUUUCCCUGGCCAGCUGUGACCUUUGCAAGUGGGGCCCUGCAGACUUGCUCUGUUUGGGUGAAUUCUGGUUGGAGUCAGUGGAAUAACACAGAGGCAAUGGCCCUGCCUAGGAUCAGGGCCAAUAUUUUUAGAUAAAUUACUUUCUUAUAUAAAAUUCUUAUACAUAAACCACUUCCUAUCUAAUCAACAAUUUCUAGCAUUUGCUUACAUUGCUAAAAUCCAGGCUAACAUGUACGAAGGAGUAAGCAAAUGUUUACUGACAUAAGUGCUUUUUGAUAUCAAUUAGAAUGUGGCAUAGUAUGGGACUCAGACUUUGUUUAAAAGAUGGGCUACUACUGCAGAACUAUUUGUUAAAUGUCUAGGAUGCUGAAAAAUUUGUGUGGGAGUGUAUUUUUGUUACUUGUUUCUAGCAAGAGGAAAUUACCAUACUUUUAUUGCAAAUUAUAUUUUUCCUACAAAAUCCUAAGGUUAUUUUUUCAGUUAGUCCCUGUAUUUUCAGGGGUUUAUUCAUAGUUAUUUUUAA